AUGCCGGACGAGCUAGCACCGCCCCGCAAGAGCAUAGAGCUCGAGGACCCCGGUGCGAAAGAGCUGGCCGAGUCGAGCGACGAACACUUCUCCGAUGCCUCGGAAGGCCAGCCUGGACGGUCUGAGAUGACCUCGCCCAUUCCCAUCACGCGAGUUGAGCGAGUAGACGACGAGCCGGCCCACGGCGAGGUGCCCGGCACAGACGCAUACAACAUGCGCACCCAAGACGCAGUACCCGACGAGGUGGAGAUUGUACCCGAAGGCACGCGAAGUCGCAGUGCAUCUCGCGUUAGCGUUAGCGACAGGCCUCUUACGCCAGGAGGAACGCCAGUGCCAAAGACGAUUGUCGAGAAGAUCGAUCCCGACCAGCCCAGCUACGGCGAUGUUCCCGGUACACUUGCCCACCAGCAGCGUCUUGCCGAUGCUGCGCCUGAUGUCAUUGUCAGAGCACCAGAGCCUACCCAGCCCAGCAACCCAGGGUCACCAACCUCGCAUGACAGGUCUCCAAUAAGCCCCAGUGACGGCGCAGCCGACUCCGUGCCCGAAGCCGAUGCCUCCGCUGAGCAAGAUGAUGACGGCUUCGGCAAUGAGGACGGUGACGACGAUGGUUUUGGCGAUUUCGACGACUUUGAACAAGGCGAAGAAGGCGACGAUGAUUUUGGGGACUUUGACGAUGGGCUUCAGCAAGGCGGGGACGAUGCAGAGACAUCAUUUGAUAAGCCCCCAGAACAGCCUCCUGUACCUGUCCCCUCGCCAGGUCCUCCCGUCUUAGACUUUGAUCAACUCACAUCACUUGAAGAAAUCGUCACAGCAACACAGCCCUACCUAGAUGACAUGUACCCUGUACAGAAUGACAUACCCACAAUAUCGGCCAAUCCCGACGAGACCCGUUCCAUAUUUCUUUCGGAACGCAGCCACUCGUUAUGGACGCAACUGGUUGCGCCGCCACCAUUACAGCCUCCUGACUGGGUUCGUUCGCGUAUUCGGCGACUGUUCUUGGUCUCAUUAGGUGUACCUGUGGAUCUGGACGAAAUCCUCCCCGCCUCGAAACAGAAAAAGCUCAUCCUCCCUUCAAUACAUAUACCCGGGGAUCGGUCGCCCCGCCCCUCGUCCGACGGUCGGAACAAUGGCGGGCCAUUGGGACGAGUCAAGCGCGAGAACGAAUCAUCUACGUCUAUCGACUCGUCAAGUUCAAAACCGGAGCGAAAACGUAAAGGUCCACCGCCGCCUCCAGAACUGGACAUUAGCAGCACCAUGCAACUAUGCGCGACAACAGAUGCAGCGCUGCAAGGGCUGACGGACGAUGAGCUGAAGAUGCACAUUGACCACUUAAAGGGACUGCAAGAAAGAGCAAAGGAGGUAUUUGAGUACUGGCAGAAGAGACUGGAGAGCGCACUGGGAGACAAGGAUGCUUUUGAGCAAGUUAUUGAGAGCCUGGUUGCCCAUGCUAAGAAGCUUAGACUCCUGCUACCACAAAAAAUCCGAUUGCGAAGUCUCAAGACCCUGAAUUUUCAAUACUCCAAGUUCUCGAAACCACAAAUCUUUGCCUUCACCAGGAAGAUGGCCAUGCCAUUUCCCACACCCGCAGCUACAGGCGUAGCUCCGUCAUCAAACGCAUCUUACACUUCGAAAUCAUCCUUCCUUACAAGCGGUCUAAGCCCGCUUGCGACAUGUGCGCUCAACAACACCGAAGCCAGCUGUUCCAUAUGUCUCGAGCACUACACACACGAGGAUCCUGCUUCCCAGGUCAUUCAAUGUGGUCACAUCUUUCAUACACCCUGCAUGACGGAAUGGAUUGAAUCAGGAUCAUCAACAUGUCCCAUGUGCCGUGCACAGCUCUUCGCUCCUCCGGUAAAAACCAAGAUGAACAGCAACCACCCAAGGAGGAACAUGUUUGGCAGGCGAGCCAGCGAAAGGAAUAUACCAGGUCUACCAAGGAUGCAUGAGGGAUUCGAUACAUAUUCUCAGUGGCGCAUGGGUUCGUUGGGAUUGGGGACAGGAAUGGGGAGUAAUUUUCAGCCGUCGACGCCUGAGGCGCCCUUGGACUACUAG